AGCUUGGUUCAAUAUUGUCAAAUUCUGGUUCUUGUCAAAUUCACAAAUUCCCAAACUGUUGAGUAGAACUGUUAAGAAUUGAGUAAGGUCAGUUUUAUCCAAUUCGGCUUUUUAAAUCACUAAAAACGUUUAAAAAACUCAAAAUGAUUCCCAAUGAGAUUUUUGCCGAAGAUGUGAUGAGUACUGUUAUAAGAUAUGGGUUAUACAUCGGCGCCGCUUUUCAACUUGCUUGCUUGCUAGCUUGCGUGACUCUUACGGACGAACAAAGCGAUUCUCAUCCAUACGAAAAGGCAUAUACAGACAGUGAUGAAUGUAGCUCUGAACAGUCUUCACCUGGACAUAGAGCCACCGUAUCGCGUGCUCGUCGUCAUGACAAGAAGAAGCGUCGCUAAAAAAGUAGUAUAGAGGUAAAAUUACUGUUUGAAUGAAAUACUCUUAUUGUCAAAACUGUUAGAAUUUUUUAAUGUCUCAAUCUAUAAUAAAAUAUUCAUAAUGCUCUUUAAAUUCUAAUAAUAUCAUUCACAAUGACUUUAAAUUAUUUUACUUGUAAGAACAUAUAUCUUAGGCCCAUUCCAAGUUAAUUUUAAAAUAUUGUACUAUUGGAUUGAUUCAUAUAAGUAAACUAUAGAUGUAAUAAAUUUAGUCAGUUAUUGAUAUUUGGGGUAAUU